CAAUCUGCUUCUGCUUUAAACAUAGCUGAAAACCGCGUUCUUGUUAGGAAUCAAUUACUGUCCCGUUUCGGUUUCUUAUCACCGAAUGAAUCCGAUAAGAACCUAUUCGAGGUUAUCAAACGGACAUUGAAAUCAUCUCUCGCGGAAUACAAAAAAUGUCUUCUGGAAAAAGUACCAAAAUACUUGCAGGGUCAAAUUGAAAGCAUUAGCCUACUUAAAACCUUAUUUGUUCGGAUAAAUGAUGUAAAAUUAUUCACGGAUUUAUAUGGUUCUCUAAGCGAGGAAGUCUUCCAGAAACCGCUAGCUGAUCUUACCGCGCGAUGGAUCGCCAAUAUCAAGUCGAUGAACGUCAAGAAUAUGAAAAAUACAGUGGUUCAAACAAAUCCAAUUUAUUACUUCCUGUGCAAAAGUUUGAAUGAGCUAAUUAUUGAGAUUAAUGACAGAACCGAUCAUAAACCAACAGAUCUGCUGACUAGCAACAGCUCCGGAUGGCAUCCAAUCAAGAAGAUCAACUGGAAGUCGGAGAAUUCCUCGACAAAGUGCUUUGAACGGGAAUAUCAUUUCAUGUUCAUAUUGCUGAAACAUUUUAAUCUGUGUCCCAGUGGCAGUCGCCAACGGUUUGAGUAUGAAAUGAAGCUGUUGAAUGGAUAUUCACACAAAGCCAUGUGGACAAAGCUGGUAAUUCAUAAACCUUCAGAGAAUUUUCUUCAAAUUUCUGAUGAAUUCUACGUUUGGUACUGCUUGCUAGAUGAUGUGUUGGCUUAUGCACUUCCACAAAAAUGUAAAUUGGAAAAUUUCGAAAAUGUUUUCCAAAGUUACCUAGACUUCAUGUGGGUAACGAUCAAUUGGAAAGUUUGCGGGUUAUCACUCACAACACGGCUCGAUUCAUUGUUCAAACGGUACCAUAUGUGACGGUGGAGGACAGUUCUGUUAUCGAUCAACAGAUCCUACAGAAACAGUUGAAUAUUAUCAACUCAAAUAUCACCGUUCCGACACCUUCAUCGAACAAGUUCCGCGAUCUGAUUGAUGUAUUCAAUAUCUACUGGAAAAACAGAGAAGAUAUCAUUUCUGUUAUUACUUUCAAAAUAAAUCUACCGCAAAUGAUGACUCUUAAGGAUCGUUUGGUGGAGAUUGUAUUGGAGGCGUUAGAGAAAAGCGUUCCUUCAGAGGAAAUGGUCGCGUUCUUUCGAGCGUACAAUGAUUUGUUGGGUGAUCUGAACGAUGUUCCGUUCGAUUGGUAUGUGAAAACGAUUUCCGAUGAAGAGCAGCUGAAAUUGUUGAUCGAAUUCAGCGUGAUUGUAUUCGAUGAGAAAUGGAUAGAUAUGGUGAAUAUGACCUAUAGAGUUAUCAACCCGGAGAAAUUUACCCAAUUAGUUUCCAUCCUAUUUGAAGGUUUCCCUAAACCGAAGCACUACGUAAUUGAGGUUCUACUGGCUUUACUCUCAAACAUAAAACAGCAACUCAGCAAAACACGUUGGGAAUCCGGCGAAACGCUAUCGGAAAUAGAUCAAAUCUGUUCAACGAACGAAUUAAUUUUCGCUGUUCGGAGCUCAUUCCUGUAUUUGCUGGAACUACCGGAUUAUGAUUCUUUCGAACUAUUCUACGAAGAACGAACAAAGCCGUUCGCCAGUGCUAUGGCCAGAAGCAGAUCUCGUCAGGAUUUCACUACUAGAAUCUCUCUGAUUAAGGAGUGUUUCUGGCACGUUCGGAAACAGAAUGAAAUGGACGUGGAACAGGCACUAGAGCUGUUCCACAAGUUGAACACCGGAGUCAACGAUGAACUGCUUCGAAACGCAUAUCUACAGUACACUGCUAGCUUGAACCGGUUUAUGCAACCUUCACCUGAAGAAAAUUCACCAAACCCAACCAGGAUAGCAAAACAGAUUUUGAAACUUGUUCCCGUUACAUCAUUUGAAAGUUUGACAUCGGAUUACAAGCAAAGAAAACUGCCAGAAAUUCUUGCGGGAUUGGCAGCCGUGUGGUCCACCAUGGUCUCGAAGGAUGUCUCCAGCACGAGAAAUUACCUUGCCCCACACUGCGUUCAGAUCCUGUGCAUUCUGAGACUGAUGAGCGUAGAUCGAACGGAGGACGGAGUAGCUAAACAUCUGGCAGAGGUUUUGACGGGACAAGGAAAGUCUCUUGUUUAUUUGUUUAUUUGUUUCUUAUGAUUCAUCUGACAUAGUUUGUCUUAAUGAAUAAAAAUUAAUGAACUAAGUACACUAAAUUUAAUUUUCACGAUACACAAUAUGAAAAAGGUCAAGUAGACGUUGAUGAAACACACGGGACGACACAUUAAAAUCGAAAUACUGGAAAAACUCGUUGAAUCUCGUACAGACAGAGCGAAAAGGUUCGUGCUGUCCAUAAACCGUAUUCCUUGAUUCCAGGAGCAGAAAGUUGCGUUGACGAAGUGAUCUUUCCGGUGCGUAGAGAUUUAACCGCAUUAGCAAAGUUGGGCAGUCAAUAUCCCCCAAAAGCAGUUUAGCAGCAAAUGUAGCUUGAGCAAUGAUUCGUCGUGUUUCCAAUGGCUCAAGAUUCAAUAGACGACAUCGAUCGGUAUAGGGCGGUAAAUUCAUGGGGUCACGCCACGGUAGCAGUCGCAGAGCGUAUCGCACAAAUUUUCGUUGAACAGCUUCAAUCCUAGUUUUCCAGAGAGCAUGGUAAGGACACCACACCACAGCGUUUGACUCGAUUAUAGAGCGUACAAGUGAGCAAUACAAAGAUCUCAAACACAACGGAUCCCGAAAC